CCUACCGGGAAGAAGUUAACAGUCGGGUGAUAAGUAUCAAGACAGGUGUAUACUCUGGAUAAGUUGAUAGCAUAGUUUGAUUUGAGAGGAACACCAUGGAGGAACAAGCUUCUGAUAUAGAAGUGACGGUGAAAACACUGGACUCCCAGAGCAGAAGCUACACUGUGGGUUCUCAGCUGACGGUGAAAGAGUUCAAAGAGCACAUUGCCCCCUCAGUGGGCAUCCCUGUGGACAAACAGAGGCUCAUCUAUCAGGGUCGAGUGCUUCAGGAUGAAAGAACACUGGCAGAUUACAAUGUGGGUGGAAAGGUGAUCCACCUGGUGGAGAGGGCCCCACCUCCACCAUCCCAGCCCGGCUCGGGGUCAGGGGGCACUUUGGCUGACAGCGGGCCGUCCUCGUCCUUCCCGGGAACAUCGCAAGCACCGCACGAUCGCAACGCUAAUAACUACAUGAUGCUGGGAACAGUCAACCUCCCCGUAAACAUCAUGGACCCCCAGCAGAUCCAGAUGGCGGUCCAGCAGAUGGUGUCAGAAUUGGCAGACAACACCAGGAAUGCCAGAGUGACGACCAGCCCGGGGAGCAACGGGUCUGUCAACGUGCACAUCGAUAUGGACCAGCCGGUGCAGAGCGAGCCCCGGCUGAGGCUGGUGCUGACUGAGAACCUGCUUCGAGAUAUUAACGAUGUCAUCAACAGGAUGGAGGUUCUAACGAGUGAAUCCGCCACUCAGACCGAGGCGGCUUCUGCUGCCUCCGCUCCUCCUCCUCCCUCAUCUUCAUCCACCACCUCCACUCCAUCUCCCUCAGCCCAGCCCAUGGACACCUCCCCACCUCCAACAACUCCCCCACCUCCUCCUCCUCCUUCUUCUUCUGCUCAGUCAGAGGGGCCGACUCCACAACCAGGACCCAAUCAUCCCAGCCCGGCUGAGCUGGCAGAUAUGCUGUCUGAGAUGCGGAGAGUGGAGGAGCGUCUGCAGCCGUUCAUUCAGAGAGCUCACAGCAUUCUGGAGACAGCCACCACCACCGAGUACAACAAUAACGCGGAACGAGAGGAUGACCAGCGAACUCUCGUCCAGAUCUGUGAGUGUCUUCGUCUGCUCGGCAACGCCCUGGUGGCCCUGAGCGACCUGCGGCUGAACCUCCUGAGCCCGGUCCCACGCCACCUUCACGUGGUGCGUCCCUUCUCUCAUUACGCCAGCCCCGUCACUCUUCCUGGAGCCGUGCACCACCACAUCCCAGUCCAGAUGAACCUGGGCCCCACGGUGAUGACUGUUGCCUCCAACAGCACUGAGGGUCAAGCUCCGCCCACCCAGCCGGCCAGCCAGCUGGAGCAGGCAGGUCAGGGACAGACCUCCCCCUCACAGACUUCCCCGUCCAAUCAGCAGGCUGGACAGGGGCAGGCGGGCCCCCGGGUCUUCAGGAUCAGCCAACCGACGGUCCCGUUGGUCAUAAUGAUGAACACGGACGGUUCAGGUUCAGGUCCAGGUCCAAACUCUGCAGCAGGUGGGCAGCAGAUUCCAGGACAGCCAGGCACCCACUCCCAUGACUUAAUUCGAAACAUCAUGCAGCAGGUCAGUCAGUAUGCAGCUGCUGUCAUCAACAGCUCCGCCGUCGCCUCCUCUGGCCAAACGGUCCCCCCUCAGCCCACUCCUCCUAGCUCCACACCCACCUCCUCAGCUACCACCACAGGUCCCAACACGCCCACCACCACCCCGACUGCUCCCCCUCCUCCCUCCCACACAGGCCCCCAACAGCCCCAGGACAGGCUGGUGUUCACCCGACACCCUUUUGGCAACAGCAUGCCCCCUCCGGCCUUUGGGACCCGGGGAACCACCAUCAACGUGAGGCAAGCCAUGCCGGGCCUGCAGCCGGGCCAGGUGUUCAACCACAUGAUCAGUGGACUGUUUGGAGAGCUGUUACUACUGGGACAAAUGGCAGGUCAAACAGUUACAUCCUCCACCACCUCCUCUACAUCCACUUCCUCCUCCUCCUCCUCCUCCUCUGCCUCGGUUCCAACACCACAUCCUGCUGCAAACACUACUCCUACCCAGAACCAAACUGAGUCCAGCAGCAGCGUGUCCCAGGACCUGGCUCCAGCUCUUCAGCAGCUCUAUAGGUCUCUCCCUGGGGUGGUUGGAGGGGCCGGUGUCGGCUCCACGGGGGGCUCCUCAAUAACCGUCACCAUGUCCAGGGUCCCGAUCCUCAUCCAGGGAGUGACAGAUCUCAUGCAGCAGCCCAUCUUCGCCCAGCCCCCACCUCCCUUUGGUACCACCCCGGCCCCCACCGCUGGACCCGCCCCGGCAGCCAACCCCACCGGAGCAGCAGCCGAGUCCCUGAACCCGGAGCUGUUCACAGGAAUCGUGCGCGGCGUCCUCAGCACCAUGAUGGGCUCUCUGGGCCAAGCUCAGAACGACACGGAGAGCAUCGCUCAGUUCAUGCAGAGGCUGUCUCAGGUCAACAACAUCUUCAUCAGUCCUGAGGACCCCACAGGGUUCUUUGGGGAGCUGCUGAUGUUGGUGUGUCAGACCUUCACCAUGUCGGACCUGGUGAUGCUGCUGCACGGUCAGCACCAGCCCCUGGGCCGGAUCCAGCCUCAGCUGUCCCAGUUCUUCACCCAGAACUACCUGAACGGCAGAGAACCCACCGAGCAGAACAUCUCUGCUGCUGCUGACCGUCUGGUUAAUGAGCUGGAGGAGUACAUCACCGAGAGCUUUAGAGAGUCUUCAGUCACAGUGUUGGACGGAGUGGACAUCACACAAACCAACAUGUCCUUCUUCAGACAGCAGCUGAGGCAGAUCGCCGCUCAUGUCCUGCGCUGCACAGAUGAGAGCUUUGGGCCCAGGUUGCUGCAGAUGUGUAACCAGGCUUUGUUUGAGUGUCUGGCCCUCAACCUGUUCUGUCUAAGAGGAGACCAGAGAGCUCUAACCGCCGUCAUCAACCACAGAAUAAGGAGGAUGUCGAAUGACAUCAGCCCCAACAUGGUGAACUGGAUGACCAGCAUGAUGACCAUGAGGCUGCAGGUCAUCCUGGAGCACAUCCCAGUGUCCCAGGAGCAGAUCCAGAGCUACAUGGUCCACACGCAGAGAGCUCAGUCUGCUGCCAGCGACGCUGAGGAGCCGCAGCCAGCUGCACCGAUCGGGGGCACCCUGUCCCCCGCAGCAGCCACCACAGCGGAGGAAGCCAUGUCCGUAUCCCACAGCGCCGCCUCGUCCUCGCGGGAGCUCAAGGUGUUCCCUGGAGAGCUGGGAGCCUCGGGCGGGGCCGCCCCGUUGGGUGGUGACAUGGCAGCAGCAGGAGCUGAGGGAGUCAGCGAGGAAGCAGGAGACUCAGAGACCUGGGCUGCUGCCGUCCCCCCUGAGUGGGUUCCCAUCAUCAGGUGUGACAUGAUGACGCAGAGGAAGAUGAAGGCUCAGCCUCCGCUCUCUGAUGCUUAUUUACACGGCAUGCCGGCCAAACGCAGAAAGACGGGUCACAGCAGCAGCAGCUUCCUCUCCCUCUCUGACGCUGUGAGUCAGGCAGCCAGGACGGCAGGAGUGAAGCCCAUCACCUCCUCAGAGGAGCUGCAGAGCGACCUGGAGACUGAGGAGGUGAAGGAAGCGUACUCAGAACAGGUGAAAGCAGACGUGAAGAAACGAGUGAGGGAGGACUCCGACUUCAACCCUCAGCAGUUCCCCAACUCCCACAGAGCCUUUUCUGCAGACCCCUGAUCACAUCCUCCCCACACAUUAAACCCUUUGUUCCAGUCUUUAUUUUUAUUUGUUUUUUCUUUUUGUUUGAGCAGCUUUGACUCUGCAUGAUGCUGCAGCUUCACAGACUUCCAGGCCAACAAGAAGCAGAUUAUAUCCAAACUGAAGGUUCAUUUACAAACUUAAGUUCAACUAAACCCAUUCAUGAAACAUGUUGACUCAGACUGUGCUGAAGUUUAAUCUGAGCUGCUGCCAGCAGCUGGAUUAGAUUUAAUCUGAGGCUCUGCUUGUGAUGAACUCAGAGGUGAAAGAGUGUGGUGCCCUCUGGUGGUGGAACCAAAGACUGGACCCACCUGGAGAAAAGUUCAUCACGAAGUUAACCCAGAGUCAGAUUUCUGUCUAAAGAUAAACACAAACUUCUUUAAUCCAAAGAAACAACAGAACCUUUAGUCCAGUUUGGAUUCUGCUCAUCUUGUCGACUAAAGAAUGUAAAGUGAUUUUUAUUAAACCUUUCCUCUGCUCACAUAACUUUAUUUAUUGCUUAAACUUUGACAAACAUUUUCAACACAUUAAAGGUUUUAACUCACGAUUUAUGUUGAAAUUUAAAAACCUGUUUUUAUGUUUCCUCACUUUGGGCCCAAAUCUUCUUCUUCUUUUUGUUUCUUCUCCCUGCAGCUCAGUAAAGUUUUGUUUGUUUCAUGAUGUAAAGUUAAACAGAAUAAAGAUCUUGAUUAAAAUUA